GAAGGGAAUUGUGGUCGUGUGAACGAACCGAGUUGCCUUGCGCGGGUUUGGUGAAUGGCAGCUAAGGGCUCAGGCAGCAGGUACAGCUGCCACGCCGCUCGCCACGCGGGGGAGAAGCCGGCUGCUUCAAUCACCCCUUUUCUCGGACUAGCGCCUUACUUUAUUUUGAGGGGAAGGAGCGUAGCUCAGUGGUUGAGCAUCUGCUUUGCAUGUGGAAGGGCCCAAGGCUAUGUGAGACCUUGCAGAGCCGCUGCGGAUGGAUGAUAACUCUGCUAAAUUCAGGGAACCAGACAUCAUGGUUCAGCUGGGGCACUGCCUCCUGAAAAAGUACUACAAUGUGCAUACCGUCAUCCGCUUUGCUAUGGGUGGCUGCGCCAACAGGCCUUACUUUCGGAUCGUGGCCGCACAGAACAAGCGAGCCCGGGACGGGAAGCACUUGGAGCAGAUUGGGUGCUACGACCCGCUUCCCAACGGCCACAACGAGAGGAUCGUUGGUGUGAACUUCGAGCGGCUGAAAUACUGGAUUGCCAAUGGUGCCCACCUCACCAAGCCCGUAGAGAAACUUCUGGGGCUUUCUGGAUUCUUCCCCCUGCAUCCAAUGACCAUCACAAACGCCGAAAGAGUGAGGAAAGCACAAGCCCAGCAGGCUGAGAGGGCUGCUCAGGAAGAAGCAAGCUCAGCUCAGAAUGAAUAAAGAGCAAAGUGUGGGGGCUCUCGCUACCAGCUCAUAAGGCAGUGCCAGGAUGAAGGACUGCCUGUUGUGCAGGAGAAGUGAGCAGACACAGGCUCUGUCUCUGCUUGCAACAUGAUAGAGCCACAGCCUUCUUCAGGUUUGGUGACGUGUGGCCCACCAGGUGCUCUUGGACCCUCCUCAACCCCUGCCAGAAUGACCAUUGGGCAGGGAUGAUGGGAGCUGGAGCCCAGUUCCACCUGGAGGGCUGCAGCUUCCCCACCCCAUGGCCUAGCUCACAGCCCGACUCAACAUAAGCGUUGCAACACCUGCUAGGAGAGGUACUUCCAGCAACAUGGGAUGGGAGCCUUUGCAGGACUGCAACUCCCAUUAUCCCUGUCCACUGCCUUUGCUGCCAGUUGGCCAUUUAUCGUCAUCCAACCAUCCGUAGGUUUCCUGCUCCCGUCUUUAAAAAUUCAGUUCUUUCUCCCUUGGCCAGAUUUAACGCUUCUCUGGUGUCUGCAGAGUCACUGCCUUGUGAGAUACUUUAUUGGGGGAAAGGCUUUCCUCCUGGACCACUUUGGCAGAGGAAUGUUAAUAGACUGAUGGGAGGGAAGUUUUCCAUCUACGCGCCUGCCUGUUGAUCUACCUCCUCCCACUAAAAGGUGCAAAAUUCAGCUUUCUGGUAAAUAAAAAAAAUUAAGUUUC